UUGUUGUGUUCUAUUUUCUGUGGACUGUGGUUAACUGGGAAAUUGUUUCGAAGCUUGGAGGUAUUUGUGGUGUAGUUCUAAAUUUUUACAUUUCUUGAAGUAAGAAAGAAUUAUAUUAUCCUAAAACAUACCAGUGAAACUUAUUAAGGAACCUAAGUGUAUGUACGAAAAAUUUUGUGAAGAAUUUAGUGUACGUCGCAAAGUUUUCCAAAGUUUAAAAGUUGGGAGUGGCGAAGUGUUUGUGGUCAUGUCGGUGAAACUUCGAAUUAUAAAAUAAACUUCAUUAGAAGCGUAUAAAAAAUGGAGACUACUAGUGGCGUAGAUGAAAGAGAAGAUGUGCAAAAGAAAACAUUCGCGAAAUGGAUCAACUCACAACUUGCGAAGCACGGCAAGCCGCCCAUACACGACUUGUGCGAGGACCUCCGAGACGGCGAGGCACUACUCUCCUUGCUCGAGAUACUGACAGGACAACAAUUUAAGCGAGAACGAGGGCAUAUGCGCGUGCACAGACUGAACAAUGUGAACUGUGCACUGCGGGCAUUGGCGACGGCUGGUGUUCGACUCGUCAACAUAAGCAGCGGGGAUAUCGUCGAUGGCAACCCCAAAUUAGUUCUAGGGCUCGUUUGGAGCAUUAUACUGCACUGGCAGGGCCGGCCGUUGACCUCGGACGCGCCACAUUCGACCCUCGAACGUACUCUACUGGCCUGGUGCCGAGCACACACAGCCGGCUAUGAUGGAGUCGACGUCACAGACUUUACGAGCAGUUGGGCAGAUGGGCUCGCAUUCAAUGCGCUGCUGCACCGAUUCCGACCGCAUCUCUUCGAUUAUGCAGCGUUGCGAGAUCGCGCGCCCCGUGAACGACUCGAACACGCCUUUACUUUAGCGCACGACCAUCUCGGAAUCGAUCGAUUGCUAGACCCCGAAGACGUAAACACGCCCAAUCCGGACAAGAAGUCAAUAAUGAUGUACGUGAUGUGCCUCUUCCAAUCGCUACCUCACGGUGACUCUGAGGAGACGGAAGUGUGCGAGGCGAGCGCGUCCCGCCCCGUGUCGAGUGCCACGACGUGUUCUGUGGAACUCGGAGCGUAUGGAGCAGCGUUGGAGGAAGCGUUAGCGGCGUUGUUGGCGGGUGAAGAGCGGUUAGCGGCGCAUUCUCAACCCGCUCCAUCUCCGCCCGCCGCCCCGGGCGAGCAUCUCGCCCUCCUCAAGGAACGCUUUCAUACACAUGAGAAGUUCCUGCUCGAGUUGUCCGGGCAGCAGUGUCGCGUAGGUGCGGUGCUAGAGGAAGGCGCACGACUGCUUCGCGACGGUGCGCUAAGCCGCGAAGAGGCCGGCGAAGUACGGCUGCAGAUGCGACUGCUAAACGAGCGCUGGGAGCAAUUGCGAGUGGCGGCUAUGCGCCGUCAGAGCUCUGUCCAUGCCGACCUCAUGGCCGCCCAGCAGUGCCAUCUCGACGCUUUUCGACGCUGGCUCACCGCCACCGAGGACCGCAUGUCCCGAAUGGAGGCCGAGGGCGCGGGACUGGCGGAAGCGCGAGCGCUUCAUGCGGACUUGCGCACGCAACAACCGCUCGUCGAUGCGCUCGCCGAUUGCGUCGUCGUUGUCGACGACGAGCACGAUCAUGACGAUGUAACGGAAAUCGAGGACCAGCUGCGCGCGCUCGGUGAACGCUGGUCUCACGCCUGCCAGUGGACGUUGGACCGACUUCGCCGUGCACAGGACCAGCACGCUGCCGACCAACGAGCGACCGAGUUACGUACGGCCGCCGAAGGUCUCGAGCGGGACCUGAAGCGCAUGGAAGCCUGUCCCGUCAGCGAAGUGGGCGAGGUACUCGCUCGCGUUGCUGAAUUGCAGCGCUGCAGGCGUUCAUUGACCGACACACGCGCGGCGCUAGCCGGUGACGUAUUGGAAGACGCCGAAGAGCUGUACGAUCGACUCGACGCACUCGACAUGAUUCUUCAAGUGCAGAUCGACCGCAUAAAGGAGCUGGGUUUCGAACUCGAUGCGAGCGCGGAAGAGUCCCCAAAAGACCUGACUGAGUUCGGUGGUACCCAGAAGAAGCCACGACUCGAGCGGGCUGGGGACUUCCAGGUCGGAUACCGCGCCUUUGAGACGUGGGCUGAGGAAGCCGAACGGGCGCUGCGAGAGUGCUUGGAACGCGUGUGGACCGCAUCUGCGGACGAAUGGCGUAGCGAAACACGAAACGAGUUGCAGCGAGUCCAACACGAAAGCGAAGAGCGUCGCAACGACCUCGCCAGCGUUGAAGAGAUACAUGCGCGUCUCGCCGCCGAUGCUUCGUUUAAAGAGGAGGCGGAGAAGCAUGCAGAGAGCAUCGAGUCACUACGCCGACGAUGGGAGGGUAUCCGGCGAUCUCUGACGGAGGUGCGCAACGCGGUGAAUUUGCGUGAAGACGAAGAGGCGUGGCGGGAUGCGGCCCGCGGCAUUCGUACGUCGAUUUCCGAAGUGCGAGCUUGGCGCGAUCGCGCCGCAUCCGAAGCGCCCUGCGGCACGCUACUCGUGCACACGCGCAAUCGCGCGAGGCUCCUGCGUCAGUUGCAGCCCAGACUCGAGGAGCUCAACGCGCACUCCAUCAUCCUCCUGACGAAGCCCAUCCCGCAGGACCACAAAGACGACAUCGAAGCCGACACGAAACGAAUAAACGACGAGUUCCACGAAAUGUUGACCUUCCUCGGCCGGCGAGAGGUCGAGGUGAAGCUGGCGCUCAACAAGCGGACUCUCGACAACGAAGAAGACGAGCAUAAAACUGUUCAAACAAAGAUACGAGAUAUGGAGAGCCAAAUUAUAGCCGAACACGCCAUCAUUUCCACUAAAGAGGAGAUGGAAAAGAAAUUGGAGGGUUUGAGGCGGUUGGACAAGGAGUUCGAGGACAUCCAGUCUUCCUACGACAAAGUGGUCAAAGAGAAAAAACUCUACGAGCGGGGUAGCGUGGAGGAGCUGAACCUGAGAAGUAGCCUUGAGAAUUUGGUCACAAGGUUCACCGACUCCAAGACAAUUUUGGCUCAAAAAAUACAAAAAUUAGAAAAAGGUAUAGAAUUGGUGGCCGGUCUACAAGCGGAUUUGAGUGAUGUGUCAGCGUGGGUUCAGCGUGUUCAGACGUUUGUGGAUGAAGCCCCGACGCCGCCUCUAGGCGACACUGCCGCUCUCGAAGCCCUACUCAUCAAGAGCAAUAAUCUCGACGAAGAGAAAUCGAAAUAUAAGACGAAAUUGGACGGCAUCGAGACCGCGAAGAACACGAUACUAGAAGACUGUGACGAUGCGUUUGCGAAAUCAAUCACGGCCGACGUGAAGCUGUUGGUGACCCGAUUCAAUGAAGUGACCUCAAAGUCCUUUCAAUACAACGAGGCUUUGCGUCGCGGCCUAGAAAGGACCGAGAACGCCUUUCGGAGAAUUGACGACAUGGAACGAUGGAUUCAGAAGCUGGAAGAAGAGAUUCCCGCUGAAGAUGAGUGCACCAUCCGUGACUCUGGGGAGCUGUACCAGAUGAAGGCGCGUUUCCAGGCGCUUAAGGAUAAAUGUGACGAUCGAACCGACGAAUUCCGUGACCUGAACGAGGCCGGGAAUGACCUACUGUUGGCAGGUGGAGGGAGCGCACUCGCUCGUCGGCUUACGCACCUAAACGCGCUAUGGACGCGCGGCACGCACGCAAUUUACGAACGAUACAAAGUGUUAGCGGAAGCUUGGCAUGAGUCUGGUGAGCUCCGUGCCUGGCUGGCGCAGCAGACAGCCUGGCUGGACGGCCUACAACGUAGGCUACGUACUUCCCCAGCUCGCGCUGAUGCAGAGGAAAUCUCUGACGAGCUCUAUGAAUUGGAGAAUUACAUGGCGAACCGAAGUACAGAACGCGUGGAGCGCAUAGAAGCUAUCGGGAGACAAUUGAUCGAGGCGCACAUCAUGCCGGGCUGGAUCCAGCACGAGUUGGACACUAUUACAGCACGAUGGACGACAUUGCAGCGAGCAGCAGAAGAGCGAACUAAAGAGUUGGAAGCGGCAGCAGGGGAGGCAGCGCGCAGUCAACUAGCGUUGGAUGCCCUGCAGCAAUGGUUACGUGACCCUGGACGAAGUGCUGCAGAUCUACCCGCCCAGCGUGCUGCGUUGGCGGCUGUUAGGGAUCAUGAGCGAGCCUAUCGGGCUGUUGGUAAUAUUGAGGCAGCAGACCGCCUUCGUGACCAGCUGCAGCUUGCUCAGAGUAAGUUGGAUGAAGUGGAAGAAGAGCUGAAGAGUUCUGGUUCAGACAUAAUUAGUGGAGAUGGGGAGAUAGAGUCUCGGCUAGAGGCAGCCGUAGCACGACUGCGUGAAGUGCAAAGAGAUGUCACACAGCUAGCGUUGGCUGGCGCAGACCCUGAUGCCGUGCGAGCGCAGCUUAGGACCUGCCUGAGAUUUUAUAGGACUCUCAGUGAGAUCAAAUCAGAAGUUGAAACCGUAAUUAAGACGGGACGAAAAAUGGUCGAGGAGAAGGCCGUGGCUGAACCUCAAGACUUCUCGAAGAAAAUCGACGGCCUCAAGGAGCUAUACAACAAGUUGGGUGCGCACGUGACAGAGGCUAAGACGCGACUCGAGGGCGCGUUGCUCACAGCGAGAGAGAUGCAGAACGACCUGCAGGCGUUAGGUUCAUGGCUGCGCGGUCUCGCCCCUGCCGUUGGGCCCCAGACCCUAGAGCUGGAGAUGUCGCGCAUGGAGGCCGUGCGGAAUAAGCUCAAUGACAAUUUCCGCAAUUUCGCCGCGCUUUGUGAGCCUGCGCGCCUGGUAUCGUUGCGGGCUCAGAUAGACGACGUCAACGAGCGUUGGUUGCAGUUGCGCAAGCCUCGUGGUGCAUCAUGCACCGCCGAAGAGUUGCGUCGCCGCCUGGCAGACGUUGAGCGUGACCUUGCCAGUGGGGUACCCGCAUCGCGCUUGGCCAUGAUCGUAGCCGACUUGAGACCGAAGGUUGCAGAGGUAGAGUCGAUAGGUGACGAGACGCUCCGCGACCAAUGGGCGAAAGUUAUGGAGAAAAUAACGGCUGAACAAUCUAACGAGGCCGCUCUCGUUGAGUACGAAAAUAUAACAGACACUAUUAAGAGACGCUUAGAGAGUCCGGUCUAUUCGCCCGACACCGAACGCCCCGAAUAUAAACGAUCUAAAAUACCGCUCGCGUUAAAAAGUCCUGUUCCGAUUAAAAAAGAGGUUCAAGAAGCCGGAAAUAGAAGUCGUGGAUCUUCUAUGGAGAGGAAGACUAAGAAAGACGAUAGCCCUAUGUCUACGAGCAUCACUAGCGGCAUGUCAGCUGACUCUAUCGAAGAAAGUUAUGCAGUGAGUUCCCUGCCGUCUACUCCUAGCACCCCCAAACCAGAUAGCAGUACGUUUAAUCUACUCAAAGACAGCGAUCUAUUUUCCCAAAUUUCUAAAAAUAAAAUCGAAGCAAAACCAGCAAUCGAAACGAAAAACUCAAAAGACUCCUGCCGAGUUGUCGAAGUAAAAGAACACGAAAUUGUAAAAUCUUCCGUUAGUCCCAUUGAGCCAAUGGAGGCGUACAUUUCGGACACCGUUGAAACUGUGGUAGAAUUCAUUCCGCAGACAGUCGACACUGUCGAGAUUGUUGACGAUACUGAGGGAGACGACGACGACGAUGAUGAGGACGCCAGGUCACCCCAGCUCGACUUAGGGUCGGAACCCAAAACAUUUGUCAUUGAAGUCACAAAGUUAAAUGAGCGUAUGAAGCCUACACUAGGCAUCUUGAAACACAGAAGCGGAAGUGAAGAGAAGAAAAAGACUGUUACCGUCAACGAAGUACCGGACUUGAUUCCCGACAACGACAACGACGUUUCCAUGGAAACUCCUCCUCCCACACCGAUGGACGAGUCGGAAGCGCGAGAAUGUCCUUUGCUAUAUGACCUCGUUUUGCGGCAAAAGGAGGCGGUAAAGAAUUUGAUGAGAGAUGAAGUGAAUGAAUAUCUAAUCCUGGACGAAGUGCCGAAGGAGCAGGCAGCCUUACCGGAGCCGUCUGCUACCGCAAGCCUUUCGACCGAGGGACCUGCUGACGAUGUCAUCUACUCCGAAGUAGAGGACACGCAACAGGUGCGUUUUAACGGCGAGGACCUGGAGGAGCAGCGGCCUACUGCGACAUCCACCCCUCUGAAAGAGGAACGACCACCCGCCUGCGUUGUCGCCGUCUCCCCGAAAGACCCCACACACUACUCGCAGUUGUCAGAAAAGAGCGAAACAUCUCUUCAGAGCAGCGUAGUCAGAAAUAGUGUGGAUGAUGAAGUAAAUGGGGAAGGAGAUGACGUGCAACAGUUUGAAGUGGCUGCGCAGCGCAUGGCCCGGCGACUAAGCGUUUUACUGCUGACUCUGGGUGCCGUUUCCAGUGAGAGAGAUCCAGCCAAGCGGCUCGAGAUUUUGAAGAAUCAAAUGGGAGCAAUUGCACCGGACGCUGUGGCGCUCAUAUCGCGCGGUGACAGCCUUGUAUAUGAGCAAGCUCGUGAACGUCCCGCGCUCGCUGAGCACGUCCGCGCGCACGUACUCGACCGUCUACGAGAUCGUUGGGCUCUCGUCAGCGCCGAGAUCGAGCUAAAGCGCGCCGCUGCUUUGCGUGCUGAAGACGACUGCCGGGAGUUGGCCACCACUCUCGAUCGUUUACGCGCAUGGCUUCGCCGUCCGCGCCUCGACGACCUACCCGACGCCGAAAAUGAUUAUGAACGCGUACAGGAUCUCGUCCGUGAUCUGCGGGCUCAACGCGUCGCCUUCCCGGAGCGCAUCGCUGCCGAUCUCGGUGCCUCGUUUUGUACCGCGAGAGACGAUCUUGACGCCGCCCGUCGUAAGGACAAAAAGGGCGAUCACGGCGACUGGGCCGAGGCAGUUACUCGUUUGAAUCGCGCUCGAGGGCUCGUGGCAACGGCGCGGGCGGCCCUGCGCGCAUCUCCGCUUGGCGGGCGGGACUUUGACGAGUUCCCGCUGCAGGAGGACGCUCUCGAAAGAGUAAAGUCGUUAGUGGCGGAGGCUGGCACGGCCGUGCAGGAAGCAGAAGGAGCGGCAAGACGAGGUGGCGGAGAGAGGGUGCGGCGUGUGGCGGAUAAGCUGAAAAGCGAGUGGGUUGCGCUGAGGGAGGCGAACGAUCGGCGUCGCGAGGUAUGGACGCGAUGUCAGGCCCGGUGGGCGCAACUAUAUGGCGCGUUGGAGGCCGCCGGCGACCGACUCGAUGCUAUAGAGCGGGAGUUGGAUGAGAUGCCGCAGGACUCGGAUGCGUUGCGCCGCUUAGAGGACCAGGCGGAAGAAGUAGUCCAAUCAGCCGCGGAAACCGCAGAGGCGGGACGAAGCGUCGUUCGCGCCUGCAGCGGUGCGCUUGCCCGUGACGUACUUGAGCAGUUAGAGACGCUGCGUGAUCGGGCAGCGUCUGCUGCUACUCGUGCUGCUGCUGCCCGCCGACUUCCGGCUGCCCGCCGAGCGCUGCUCGCCUCUAGAGACUUGCUGCUUACAACUGCCGCUAAUCCAGCAGACCGUACUAGUCUUGCGGUGCGCCUCACGCUAGUCAAGGCUCGUGAGGAAGAAGUAGGUGCGAGUGCGCGGGAAGUCGAAGAGCUGGUAUCAUCCUCCGGAGAAGAGACGUCGCGACACGCUACGGAACUACGGGAUCUCGCUCACGAUUUGAAUCAGGCACAAAGUAAGCUGUCAUCACACGGCGAAUACGUGCGCGGGCGGCUAGCGGCGCUCGACAAACUUGACGCGCGCCUUCACGCCGCCCUCGCUUGGGCACGAGCUGCAAGGGCGAGACCGCACACGACAGAUCUUACGUUAUCGAUAUCCGAACAAGAGGCGGAGAUGCGUGAAGUGUUGGAAAAUUGCAAUAACCUUGAACGCGAGUGCGGAGCGGCUGGUCAUACGUUGGCGCCAGAUUUGCGCCCAUUGGUCGCUGAACUAAGGGGUCAUUGGGACCACUUGCGAGCCGUUGCUGCACCAGGAAAUAUCAUCCAGGUUGAGAGGACCUCCCAAGCGGAACGAAUCAGUGCUCAGAUGGAAAGGAGUAGCACACCGGGCGAAAGAAACAGCUUCCAGUCGGAGAGGAGCACCACUCCUGGCGACAGAAGCAGUACACCGGCAGACAGAGCUAGCAGUCCAAUGGCGGAGUGGGGCUCACGUGGCGGGUCCCGGCGGCGUUCGUCGCAGACGGCGCCCGCAUCAGCCGCUCUUCUUGCUACAUUCGAUACUAGUGUACAACAGAUACGAGACUGGGUGUCAGCCGAGGUUGAGAUGUUGAGGGCACAAGCUGUGGUGGUCGGCGACGUCGACGAGAUACUGUCGCAGCUCGACAAGCAAAAGGGUGUGUUACGUGAGUUGGAACAGAAGAAACCUCAACUGGAUGAGCUGCUGCAUACGGCUGAAAGUCUCAAGGGUACAGAAAACAGACAGCAGCUACAUGGAAAAGUGACCGCUCUAAGAGAGCAUUGGGAUGAGGCCAACGCACGCGUACUCCAGCGAAAGGCUCAACUCGACGCCAUGUUGGGCGAUUCGCAGCGAUACGAAGCGCGCAGGCGCGAUGCAGACGCGUGGCUCUCGCGUAUGGAGACCAGGCUGGCCGCCAUGACUGCGCCUGGGCACACAGCUGACGUUCUCGAGAUGCAGCUUAGAGAACAAAAGUCGUUCCAUGCGGAAGUACACCAGUACAAACAUCAGAUUGAAUUGUUCGGUCAGCUCACGCAGAGGCUGAUAGCUGUGUACCGAAACGAUGACACUACAAGGAUCAAACGUGCAACAGAAGCGAUCAAUCAUCGGUACAACGAGCUUAACAAUAGUAUUAUCGCGCGUGGAAAAGCACUCCACUCAGCAGUAUCGUCCCUGCAAAACUUUGAUCGGUCACUUGAGAAAUUUGUAGCCUGGCUAAGCGAAGCGGAAUCAUUGCUGGAUGCAGCGGAAAGGGAUCCUCAUCUGCUCAAGGAUCUACAAUCAGAAAUCGAAACUCAUCGGGAUGUAUACGCAUCGCUCACCGGAACCGGAAGACGACUUCUGGGAUCCUUAUCUUCCCAGGAGGACGCUGUCAUGCUGCAGAGAAGGCUGGAUGAGAUGAACCAGAGAUGGCAUCACUUAAAAGCGAAGAGUAUGGCUAUCAGAAACCGCCUCGAGAGUAACGCAGAACACUGGUCCGCACUUCUAUUAUCGCUGCGGGAGUUGACAGAAUGGGUUAUAAGGAAGGAGACGGAACUUAACGCUCUUGCACCACCGAGGGGUGAUCUUACAGCACUUAUAAAACAACAAGACGACCACCGUGCAUUCAGGCGACAGUUAGAAGACAAACGACCUGUGGUGGAAAGUAACCUCCUCAGUGGAAGGCAGUACGUGGCCAACGAACCACCAUUAUCAGACACAAGUGAUACGGAAGCGAGCCGAGAGAGUGAAGGUGACUCUCGCGGAUACCGUACUGCAGAAGAACAGGCUCGGGAGCUGGCCAGGUCCAUCCGGCGUGAGGUCGCCAAGUUAGCUGACAAGUGGAACUCGCUGGUUGAUCGAAGUGACGCCUGGGGCCACCGUCUUGAUGAUGCUGUACAGCGUGUGCGUCAGUUCACGACAUCAUUAGACGAGCUCGCAUCCCGGGUUCAAGCGGCGGAGGCUGCUCGUGCAACAUGGCGGGCGCCUGGCGAUGCCCGCGACGCCCGGACGCAACUGGAUGCUGUGACCAGGGCGCGCGCGCAGAUCCCACCAUUGCGAAGGCAGGUGGACGAGCUUCGUGCACAGGCACAGCAGAUGGGCAGGGACAAUGUGCAAUUACCUGAGCAUCUUGUUGCUAGGCUGGAAGACUUAAACUCAAGGGUAUCAGCUCUAAGCUCGGGUGGCGAAGAGCGGGCCCGGCAGCUGGCAGGAGUAGCACGGGAUGGUGGUGCGGGUGCGGCUCAGGGUUUCCUAGCGGGCUCUGUUCGCCCGCCUUGGGAGAGAGCUGUCACACCCGCCAAUGUACCAUAUUAUAUAAAUCACGAACUGGAGACGACCCACUGGGACCAUCCCAAGAUGAUAGAACUAAUGAACUCGUUGGCCGACCUCAACGAAGUAAGGUUUUCGGCGUAUCGCACUGCGCUCAAGCUGAGGACCGUGCAGAAGGCUUUAUGUAUGCACAUGCUACAGUUGCCAGCAGCGCUAGAAGCCUUCGACUCACAUGGACUACGGGCGCAGAACGACCGCCUGAUUGAUAUACCUGAUAUGAUCACUGUACUUACAUCACUCUAUGAGACGAUUGCUGGCGAAAACCCAAGCGCUGUGAAUGUACCGCUUUGUUUGGAUUUGUCGAUCAACUGGUUGCUCAACGUGUAUGACAGCCAGCGGACCGGACAGAUCCGCGUGCUCAGCUUUAAAGUGGGGCUGGUAUUACUGUGCAAGGGGCACUUGGAGGAGAAAUAUAGGUAUUUGUUCCGGUUAAUAGCAGACCCAUCGUGCCGCGCGGACCAAAGGAAACUAGGACUCCUAUUACACGAUUGUAUACAGGUGCCUCGUCAGUUGGGCGAGGUAGCAGCAUUUGGUGGUUCCAAUAUAGAGCCAUCUGUCAGGAGUUGCUUUGAACAGGCCUCGACUGCUGCUAAAGAGGGUGGCAAGGGAAGCACUCUUGACAGGAAGACAGUGAAUGAGAAAGAGAAAGAAAAGGAAGAUAAGGAGAAGAUCGUGGAGCGAGACGCAGAAGGUCAAGUGGCGUAUAUCGAGGCAGUUCACUUCCUGCAAUGGUUGCAAAGGGAACCACAGUCCAUGGUGUGGCUGCCAGUGCUUCACCGCCUGGCUGCGGCUGAAGGUGCAAAGCACCAGGCCAAGUGCAAUAUAUGCAAGGACUAUCCCAUUGUGGGCUUUAGAUACCGUUGCUUAAAGUGCUUUAACUUUGACAUGUGUCAAAAGUGCUUCUUCAGCGGCAAGAAGGCGAAAAACCACAAACUCACGCAUCCCAUGCAAGAGUACUGCACUGCUACGACAUCUGGCGAGGACGUGCGUGAUUUCACCCGAGCAUUGCGAAACAAAUUCAAGUCGGCACGAUACUUUAAGAAACACCCGCGAGUUGGUUAUCUGCCAGUACAAACUGUAUUGGAAGGUGACGCGUUGGAGUCCCCUGCGCCGUCUCCGCAGCACGGAGCUGGUGGCGCAACGGGAGGUGACGACAUGCAUUCUCGUCUGGAACUAUAUGCCUCGCGGCUAGCACAGGUUGAGCUCGGCGCACGCGCAGCCGAUACGCCUGACAGUGAUGAGGAACAUCAGCUGAUAGCGCAGUACUGUGCGUCACUAAAUGGAGGAGCUGAGGGUGAAGAAGCGCCACGUUCACCAGUCCAUGUCGUCUCCGUAAUACACCGGGAACAGAGACACGAGCUGGAAGCUAUGAUCAGGGAGCUGGAAGAAGAGAACGCCAGCCUACAGGCUGAAUACGAACGAUUGAAGGCCAAGCAGACUCCUGGCUCUACGCCCGAAGACCAACUCGCUUUGAAUGAGAACAGGAACGCACCCGUUGACCAGGACAUGAUGGCAGAGGCUCGCUUGCUUCGCCAACACAAGGGACGGCUGGAGGCUCGCAUGCAAAUCCUCGAGGAACACAACCGACAGCUGGAAGCUCAACUGCAAAGACUUAGAAGACUGUUGGAUGAGCCAUCUUCGGGCUCGCCAGCGGGUCGUACAGGCACUUUGCAGACCCGCUCAGUAACCGCUUCACAGCUCGCUACGGACUCACCAGCAAAAAUGCAUAACGGACUCUACCACGACGCACACACCAACGGCGUUUCUGCGGGCGAGCGUGAGUCCGGCGAUCGCCCCCCUCCGCCACCUCACGCCCUUCACUCGCUCAUGCAUUGCGCAGAUGACCUUGGCAAAGCAGUCGAAGAAUUAGUAUCGGUGAUGGCGGAGGAUCAACAAAAUCAGAACUCCCAUGCGCCUCCCCGAUACACCAACGGAAAACCAGAGGAAAAAGAAUAAUUUCAUGAAAACGCGCCAAGGUGCAUAACAGUCGCUCUGGCAUCUCAACCGAAUCUUGGACCAAAGACACUAGAACUAAAUUUGACUUACUUUAUUCCUACUAAUUUUCGACUCAUCACUAACCUGCACAAGCUAAACCUUUACACCUUAUUAUACAAAAGCUUUAUCAUUUUCACUUAUCGAACCGAGCUUUAACACAAAUACUGGUGAUUCUGUACAAUGCUUUUUCUGUUUUAUUAUUCAAUGGAAAGAGACACACUGUAUAGAGCUAUCAGACGAGCCUGUGGGUUAUGGUUGUGGGCACAGCCUUAACCAAAUAGUCACGAGGUAAUCAGAUAUACUGAUUAUUUGCUGGUAGCUGGGGUUCACAGACGAUAGUUGUAUGCAACGCUUAUUGUAUAAAUAAGGGCAUUCCUUUGUUGCAGUACGUAUCGUGAUUGAGUCAUAUUACUUUCCAUUUUACCCUUCAGUUUUCCCCAAGUACCUAUGCUGUUAUCGGUAGCGCUGCCAGAGCGAUUGCUAUUAUCUAAAAAGACAUUUGUAAUGAGCAUUUAUACUUUUAAAAUUGUACCAAAUUUUUCACUUGGUAAAAAAUAAAUUUAUCGUUUAAGUACAUAUCUAUUAGUACAAUAUCCAUUGUAUAAUCAUAUCACUUCUUGUAAAUUGCCAUAUCAUUUUUGCUGUAUUUAGCGCGUUUAUGAAAUAUCGCGUAAAACGGCAUGUCACGUUGUUGACACUUGACAUCGUCUUUGGCGCGAAGUUUGACGUCGUUUACAUGAGAGCUGAGCUUUAAUAUAAUCACAAUUUUAGCUUUAACCAAUUUUGAGACAUUUUAACCGCAUCGGUGAAGGUAACUUCGCCAGUCGAGAGGGCCUACGUUUUAGUGGAAAGUGUAUUGUUAAAGUUAGUAAAGAACAGUUUCAACGUACAAUAUUAUGCCAACGAAUGCGUGGCUGUAGUUAAUGAAUUCGUUAAAAGUUUUUGCAGUAGUUUUAGAGGUAGCCAAAUGAAUAUGAAGCAUGUUGUUUAUGCGCAAUUGUAUGUUAUCAUAUAUCGAGUUAUCGAAAAAAUAUGUAUCGUUAGAUGAUGAAAUAUUAAUAAUCCAGCUUCUAUAAAUUAGUGGUAUUCUUUCGCCUUUCGCGGUCAGACAGUAGAACUCUUCGUAGAGACAAAGGAACCGUGUAAUCAAAUACUUCACUAUAACAAAGGCACGAUCUUCCUUCGUACUUCCUAGUGUUACUGAAUGUGGCCACUUUGACAUUUUAUAACGUGUGUCUAUAUUUAAGAUGACGCCUACCUUUUUAGAUAAGAUUAUAUUGGAGAGAUGACUUUUAUACGAAUGUUAAGUGACUGUUAAAACUAAUUUACAAUAAGGACUUCCGAUUUAACCAUAUCAUUUUGAUUUUAUUAAUAUUUGUUCUAUUAUUUUAAUGGCAUUAAUGUAAUGUACACAUUAAUUUGAGCUCAACUUCAAGAACUUAAUGAACAUGAAUAUUGAAUAUUUUGUCUCUUCAUGUAUAUAAAGAGAAAAAAUAUCUCUUAUAUCCUAAUUAUUAACAUGUUACCUUCAGGUAUUCAUUAACACUUGAGCUUCUUUAAUGUCAUUAAAGAUGAUGCCUAUAUGGCAGCUUAUUAUUUGAAACAUCAACUAUGAAAUUUCCGUUCCAUUUUAGGAAAGUUUAAUAAUUUUUGGCUAAUAUAGAUUUUAAGAAAACGAAAAGCACAAUUAUUAUUAUUACUUAACAAACGAAAAAUAUUUUAACUAUUAAUAUAUUGUUAAUAAUUUUAUUAUAUUUGUUUAACAUAGGACAAAUAGUUUCCUCUUGCGUUAUUAAUUAUGUUUAUCUCUUUGGCAACUAUAUUAUGAAGUAACUUUGGCAUUUAUUUGUAUAUUUUACUGUGUUUAUAAUGUUUUAGAUGUUAAAUCCAAAUAAACAUUCUGCAUAGUGA